CUGCGGCCGCAGCCGGGCUGCGCCUCCGCCGCCGCUGCAGUCGCUGCCGGGGUCCCUUCGGCUGAGCCUCUGCGUGGAGGCUGCCCCCCCACCCGGGGCUGCGGGCUCAGACACCAUGUACGGAUUCGUGAACCAUGCCCUGGAGCUGCUGGUGAUCCGCAACUACGGCCCCGAAGUGUGGGAAGACAUCAAAAAAGAGGCACAGUUAGAUGAAGAAGGACAGUUUCUUGUCAGAAUAAUAUAUGAUGAUUCCAAAACUUAUGAUCUGGUGGCUGCUGCAAGCAAGGUCCUCAAUCUCAAUGCUGGAGAAAUCCUCCAAAUGUUUGGGAAGAUGUUUUUCGUCUUUUGUCAGGAAUCUGGCUAUGAUACCAUCUUGCGUGUCUUGGGAUCUAAUGUGAGAGAAUUUCUGCAGAACCUGGAUGCCCUGCAUGAUCACCUUGCUACCAUCUACCCGGGAAUGCGGGCACCUUCUUUCAGGUGCACAGACGCGGAGAAGGGUAAAGGACUCAUUCUUCACUACUAUUCAGAGCGGGAGGGGCUGCAGGACAUCGUGAUUGGGAUCAUCAAGACGGUGGCUCAACAGAUACAUGGCACCGAGAUCGACAUGAAGGUGAUUCAGCAAAGAAAUGAGGAAUGUGACCAUACUCAAUUUUUAAUCGAAGAAAAAGAAUCAAAAGAAGAGGACUUUUAUGAAGAUCUUGACAGAUUCGAAGAAAAUGGUACCCAAGAGUCACGUAUCAGUCCAUAUACCUUCUGCAAGGCCUUUCCCUUCCACAUCAUAUUUGACCGGGAUCUAGUGGUCACUCAGUGCGGCAACGCAAUCUACAGAGUGCUCCCCCAGCUCCAGCCUGGGAAUUGCAGCCUUCUAUCUGUCUUCUCUCUGGUCCGCCCUCAUAUUGACAUUAGUUUCCACGGGAUUCUGUCCCACAUCAAUACGGUCUUUGUACUGAGAAGCAAGGAAGGAUUGCUGGAUGUAGAGAAAUUGGAAUGUGAAGACGAACUGACCGGGACUGAAAUCAGCUGCUUACGACUCAAGGGGCAGAUGAUCUACUUACCUGAAGCAGACAGCAUACUCUUCCUCUGCUCACCAAGUGUCAUGAACCUGGAUGACCUGACCAGGAGAGGCCUGUACCUGAGUGACAUUCCUCUGCACGAUGCCACGCGUGACCUUGUUCUUCUGGGAGAGCAAUUCCGGGAGGAGUAUAAGCUGACACAGGAGCUGGAGAUCCUCACAGACAGGCUGCAGCUCACGCUAAGAGCCCUGGAGGAUGAAAAGAAAAAGACAGACACAUUGCUAUACUCUGUCCUGCCCCCAUCCGUCGCCAACGAGCUGAGACAUAAGCGUCCGGUGCCUGCCAAAAGAUAUGACAACGUGACCAUCCUCUUCAGUGGCAUUGUGGGUUUCAACGCUUUCUGUAGCAAGCAUGCGUCUGGAGAAGGGGCCAUGAAGAUUGUCAACCUUCUCAACGACCUCUACACCAGAUUCGACACCCUCACAGAUUCACGGAAAAACCCUUUUGUUUAUAAGGUGGAGACAGUUGGUGAUAAGUACAUGACCGUGAGUGGCUUGCCAGAGCCCUGCAUCCACCAUGCACGGUCUAUUUGCCACUUGGCCUUGGACAUGAUGGAAAUUGCUGGCCAGGUUCAAGUAGAUGGUGAAUCUGUCCAGAUAACAAUAGGUAUCCACACUGGGGAAGUCGUGACAGGCGUCAUAGGACAGCGGAUGCCUCGAUAUUGCCUCUUUGGGAAUACCGUCAACCUCACAAGCAGGACAGAAACCACGGGAGAAAAAGGGAAAAUCAACGUUUCUGAAUAUACAUACAGAUGUCUCAUGUCUCCCGAAAAUUCAGAUCCACAAUUCCAUUUGGAGCACAGAGGCCCCGUGUCCAUGAAGGGCAAAAAAGAACCAAUGCAAGUUUGGUUCCUGUCCAGAAAAAAUACAGGCACAGAGGAAACAAGCCAGGGUGAUGACUGAAUCUCGGAACAUGGGGUGAAGAGGACUGUGGGUGAUGUCCAGGUGAUUGCCAAAUGUGUGCCAAGCCCAGGAGCACUUCUUCCCCACAGAUACUGAUUUCAUCUGUCUUCUUGUCUUUUCCCAAACCUUCCUUCUAUAUGAACCUCUACUACCCAGCAUUCAAGGUCUGCUGUUUCUGAUUGUUAACGUUUUAUUAUAUUUUGUAAAGUUUCACUUUUCAUGCAGAUUGUUUGAGCUUCAUGUGUCUUAAACUCUACCAUGAGCAUCGCCUAAACUGGUGAUCUGUAAGUGCUAGGCACCCAGUAAGUAUUUGCUGAAUCUACUAAACAUUUAAACUUAUAGUAUUUUACUAUAUGUACGUGUAUAUAGACAUGUCGUGUUUUACCAGAUCUGUUUGAUGUUCCAUAUAUAUGUAUAUUUAAUGGCUAUAACAUAAAACAAAGUUUUUAUCAUGUUGUUGCAUAUCAUUAUAGAAAGAAAGCAUUUUCUAAAGGCGUGAAAUCAAAGCUUUAGGAAAAAGGCAAUUUAUUUUCAAGUUUCCAAAGUAGGAAUUAAUAUACCAUGUUAAGAAAAGAAUGACUAUUUUGAGGUAUGCUAAUUUCCUUCUGAAAAUAUAGUAUACACACAUUUUCUAUUAUUAAAAAUUUGGUUGAUCAUUCAAAUCAUGUGACAAUUACAAUUCAUCUAAAGCACUAUCAUUUGUAUGGUGGACUCUGUAUUAGGUAUGUCCAGCCACACUGAGUUGUGAUAGGAGGUGUUAGUGUGUCACACUGAGUGAUGACAUGAGCUUGAGCAAAUAGUAGAGGUUCUAACGAUACCCAAAAAUAAGGCCAGAAGCACGGAGCUGGAAACUGCUAUUAGAGCCAGUCUGGGCCUUCUAUUCCCACAAAUGAGCUUCCUUUCCUUAUCUUAGAAGAAUGUAAUUCUAUCCAAGAUGAUAUGUUUGGAAAAGUCAACUAAAUUUCAACAUAAAUUCAUAAUUGGAAUAAUAACUUUGUCAUCUUUAGUCUAUGAUAAUUUAUUGAUAUAUCAAUCUUUAUAAAAUAUAGUGCAUCUACUUUUGUGUAAAAAUGAUUAAGUUUAGUAUUUCAUAUCAGCACAUCAAUAUAUGUAUAAAUGUUCCAUGUUCAUGUGUAAAAGAAUCCACAAUAAAUUAUUUUUUUUCCAA